CUUACAAAAAAAUCUCUCUCCUUCCCUUUCCUUCCUCACUUUCUUCAUUUCUCUCAGACAGUAUUUUCUUCUGUAAGCGGUUUUCAUCUACAGCCGGUGACGAAUUCUAACGAUCUUCCAUCGACGAGGAUACUUUUUCAUUACCAUGGCAACAAGAAGCGCUAUCAGAGUUUUGUCUCGCAGGUUCUCUAGUGGUAAAGUUCUUAGCGAGGAGGAAAGAGCUGCUGAGAAUGUUUUCAUCAAGAAAAUGGAGCAGGAGAAGCUUGAGAAGAUAGCCCGACAGGGUCCGGGAGAACAAGCUGCAGGAGCAGCAGGGGCAGCCAAAGCUAGUGGCGCAACAUCAUCCGCAUCGGCUGAGUCGGGCCCGAAAGUGUCAGAAGACAAGUACAGAAACUAUGCGGUUGUGGCGGGUGUGGUGACUGUCUUUGGUGCGAUCGGUUGGUACAUGAAAUCAGGUGGAAAGAAGCAGCCAGAGGUUCAAGAGUGAAAACGAUAGAGAAAGACUUGGAAGUGAAUAAAACAGAGAGUGGGGCUUUACACUUUUCCUCUCUUAUGAGAAACUUUGGAAUCGGAAUAUCACGUUGCUUAUUCUCUUUUCUGGUUUCCAAAUCUUGAAACAGUUGACUUUGUUUUUUGGUUUGUUGACGUUUAAGUUUUGGGAUCUUUUUAACUCCAUAGACCCUUCUUGCUCUCUUUUGAUCAAAAUAGCUGAAAUUCUCAUUCUAAAGAAAGCAAAAAGAUGCGUCGAAGUUGGGUCGAAUUGGGAUCUUAA